AUGUUGGGGCGGAAGCAGAGCCUGAAGGGAGAGCCAGUAUUAGCAGACUAUGGCCCAGAGGAAUCCCUAAAUGAAAGUGCUGACAUAGAAUGGGUUAACAAGUUAUGGGUUAGAAGAAUAUUAAGAUCCUGUGCUCUUUUAAGUUUACUUUCAGUAUCAUUAAAUACACCAAAAUCAUUUGAAAAAUAUACAUACUUGCAAACAGCUACUUUUGCUGUUGAUUGUUGUGUUACUUUAUUAUUUACUGCUGAAAUGAUUGCCAAGAUGCACAUAAGGGGAAUCCUCAAGGGCGAUGUAGCAUAUUUAAAAGAUCAUUGGUGCCAAUUUGAUGCAUCCAUGGUGUUUUUCCUUUGGGUAUCUGUUCUUCUGCAAAUGUUUGAGCUGACUGCAAUAGUGCCAAGAUACAGCUACCUAAGUAUAUUAAGAGCCCCAAGACCACUGAUUAUGAUCAGAUUUUUAAGAGUAUUCUUAAAGUUCUCUAUGCCAAAGUCUAGAAUCAAUCAAAUAUUCAAGAGAUCAAGCCAGCAGAUUUACAAUGUGACCCUUUUCUUCCUAUUCUUCAUGUCUCUGUACAGUCUGUUAGGGGUUCAAUUCUUUGGAGAACUCACUCAUCACUGUGUUAGAAAUACUACAAAUCUAAAUGAAGUUACAAUUAAUUCCUUGGCUAUUCCUGACACAUUUUGUUCUCCUGACCCUGGUUCUGGAUACCAAUGCCCAGCAGGAAUGAAAUGCAUGAAAUUAAACUUAUCCAAGUACAUAAUGGGUUUCAAUGGGUUUGAAGAGUUUGCUACAAGUUUAUUUACUGUAUACCAGGCAUCUUCUCAGGAAGGUUGGGUAUUCAUUAUGUAUAGAGCUAUUGAUUCUUUACCCACUUGGAGAUCAGCAUUAUAUUUCAGUACAAUGAUCUUUUUCUUGGCAUGGUUGGUGAAGAAUGUUUUCAUAGCUGUUAUAACCGAAACAUUCAAUGAGAUAAGGGUUCAGUUUCAACAGAUGUGGGGUGUGAGGAAUCCAAUAACUAAAGGUAGCACUACCCAAUUCUUUACUGGUGAUGACAAUGGCUGGAAACUUGUUACCAUUGAUGAAAAUAAACAUUCAGGUAGUGCCCCAGAAAUAUUUCACAAAAUGUUGCGCUCAGCCUACUUUCGUCUUUUGGUCAUGGGAGUUGUUUUGGCGAAUGGAAUUAUAACGGCUACAAUGAAUUUCAAGCAUGAUGACAACCCCAGAGAAUUCUUUUAUGAAAAGUAUUAUUACAUAGAGAUUGCAUUCACAAUAUUUUUGGACUUGGAGGCUUUAAUAAAAAUCUGGUGUUUAGGUUUAAAAGGAUACUUUAAGCACUCUGUCCAUAAAUUUGAACUAUUAUUGGCAAUAGGCACCACUAUUCAUAUAAUACCACAAUUGUAUAUGUCAGUUUUUACCUACUUCCAGGUUCUGCGCAUUGUGAGGUUAAUAAAAGCAUCACCACUUUUGGAAGGUUUUGUGUAUAAAAUUUUCGGCCCUGGUAAAAAACUGGGCAGCCUAAUAAUUUUCACCAUGUGUUUGCUAAUAAUAAGCUCAUCAAUUUCAAUGCAACUUUUUUGCUUUCUUUGUGAGUUUACCAAGUUUGAAACUUUCCCUGAGGCCUUCAUGUCUAUGUUCCAAAUAUUAACUCAAGAAGCAUGGGUUGAAGUAAUGGACGAAACAAUGGUGCGAACAAGCCAAACACUCACACCUCUUGUUGCCAUAUAUUUUAUAUUAUACCACUUAUUUGUGACAUUGAUCGUGCUCUCGCUUUUCGUAGCAGUUAUCUUGGAUAAUUUGGAAUUGGAUGAAGACAUAAAGAAACUGAAGCAACUACGAUAUCGCCAACAAAGUGCGGAGAUAAAGGAAAGUCUACCAUUUAGGUUGCGUAUAUUCGAAAAAUUUCCAGACAGUCCGCAAAUGACGAAAUUGCAUAAAGUGCCAGGAGAUUUCAAUCUUCCAAAGGUGCGCGAAUCUUUCAUGCGCCAGUUUGUAUGCGAGGAUGGCGAAGAGGAAGUGGGAGUAGUAGGGGGUGGGCCCGUGGGCACUCAGACCGUGGACCUAUCCCGGCGGGCCUUCGAAUACAUCGGAGUGGGCAAGAUCGCAUUCCCCUAUCGAAAACGAUGCCUUGUCAAAACUCUCGUCGUUGCUCCGCCCUCGCAAAGACCGAGCUCGGCUUUACGCAGACAUGUCGUUUCAACCAUUAUAGACGAUUCUAACAAUCAUCGACCCUUGUUAGGCGAUUCUGCAAUGCUUGCGACUGGCGGCAAGUCCGGUUUGAAGUCACAGGGAACAAUAUCUAGUGCCAAACAGCUACGCGUCGAUCAAAAGAAGUUUGGGUCUCGUUCUAUAAGGCGAUCGGUACGGAGCGGUUCGAUAAAACUCAAACAGACGUAUGAGCACUUGCUUGAGAACGGUGACAUAGGCGCUGCGUCGCGAGUGGUGCCUUCGUCGCGAGCUCGCCCGCCAUAUUUGGAUAUAAGACUGUUACAGGCGAAACGGCAGCAGGCGGAAAUGAGAAGGAAUCAACGCGAGGAAGAUUUGCGUGAAAACCACCCGUUAUUCGACACCCCUCUACUAAUAGUACCGCGAGAAUCGCGUUUCAGAAAGAUCUGUCGAGCCAUAGUAGACGCACGAUACGACGCCCGCCUUAGGGAUCCCGUCACUGGCAACGAGAGGAAAGUUCACUACAAGAGCUUCCAUAAUUUCUUGGGUUUGGUAACGUAUAUGGAUUGGGUAAUGAUAAUGGUUACAACACUCUCUUGUUUGUCAAUGAUGUUUGAAACGCCAACAUAUCGGGUAAUGGAAAACUUCGUUCUCCAGAUUGCUGAGUAUGGGUUCGUUAUAUUCAUGAGCCUCGAACUAGCAUUAAAGAUUCUAGCUGAUGGUCUAUUCUUCACGCCCAAAGCUUAUCUCAAAGAUGCUGCUGCAGUAUUGGACGUCUUUAUCUACAUCGUGUCGCUGACGUUCCUGUGCUGGAUGCCUGUGCGCGUGCCGCCGGGAUCGGCCGCGCAGAUGCUGAUGAUCCUGCGCUGCGUUCGCCCGCUGCGCAUAUUUACGCUGGUGCCGCACAUGCGCAAGGUCGUCUAUGAGCUGUGCCGCGGCUUCAAGGAGAUUCUACUCGUAUCAACUCUUCUGAUUCUCCUGAUGUUCGUAUUCGCAAGUUAUGGCGUCCAGUUAUACGGCGGAAGACUGGCACGUUGUAACGAUCCAACGAUUACGCGCCGUGAAGAUUGCGUGGGCGUUUUCAUGCGACGAGUAUUCGUUACAAAGAUGAAACUACGUCCUGGACCCAACGAGACAUUCCCGUCCAUGCUGGUUCCUAGGGUCUGGGCCAAUCCGAAAAGAUUCAACUUUGACAACAUUGGAGACGCACUUCUGACGUUAUUCGAAGUUCUCUCUUUUAAAGGAUGGUUGGAUGUGCGUGAUGUUCUUAUCAAGGCAUUGGGUCCGGUACACGCUUUGUAUAUACACGUCUACAUUUUUCUGGGAUGUAUGAUCGGAUUGACUCUGUUCGUCGGUGUGGUGAUUGCUAAUUACUCAGAAAACAAAGGCACCGCAUUAUUGACGGUCGACCAACGACGAUGGUGUGACUUAAAGAAGAGAUUGAAAAUCGCACAGCCCCUCCAUUUGCCCCCGCGGCCUAACAAAAGGAAAGUACGCGCAUUCGCUUAUGACGUCACACAAAACUUGACCUUUAAAAGAGUCAUUGCUAUAGUGGUGCUAAUUAACAGUGGAUUAUUGGCAGUUACGUGGUCGCGCUACUCGCAGUACACUGAACAACUAGCGCUAACAUCAGCGCUACUGACGCUAGUAUUCGUGGUAGAAGUGUUACUGAAAACAAUCGCGUUCACACCGCGCGGCUACUGGCAGAGCCGCCGCAACCGGUACGACCUGCUCGUCACCGUCGCCGGGUGCAUAUGGAUCUUUAUGCACUUUAUACUGAAGAACGACUUAUCUUACUUCGUCGGAUUCAUGGUGGUGAUUUUGCGUUUCUUUACGAUAACGGGCAAGCACACUACGCUGAAGAUGCUGAUGCUGACUGUGGGCGUGAGCGUCUGCAAGAGCUUCUUCAUCAUCUUCGGCAUGUUUUUGCUGGUGUUCUUCUACGCCCUCGCUGGGACCAUCGUUUUCGGCAACGUCAAAUACGGAGAAGGAAUUGGAAGACGAGCAAACUUCAACUCGCCGAUACACAGCGUCGCGAUGUUGUUCCGCAUAGUGACCGGCGAAGAUUGGAAUAAGAUUAUGCACGAUUGUAUGGUUGCACCGCCUUACUGCACCCCCGCUGAUAACUACUGGGAGACAGACUGCGGCAACUUCACCGCGUCGCUCGCGUACUUCUGCACCUUCUACGUCAUCAUCACGUACAUCGUGCUCAACCUGCUCGUGGCUAUUAUAAUGGAGAACUUUUCAUUAUUCUAUUCAAACGAAGAAGACGCUUUGCUCUCUUAUGCAGACAUAAGGAAUUUCCAGAACACUUGGAAUAUUGUGGACGUCCACCAGAAAGGAGUGAUACCCGUAAGAAAGGUUAAAUUUAUACUUCGCCUACUGAAAGGACGGCUGGAAUGUGACACACACAAAGAGCGACUGUUAUUUAAGUACAUGUGCUACGAACUGGAACGAUUGCACAAUGGAGAAGAUGUUACGUUUCAUGAUGUUAUAAACAUGCUGUCCUAUCGUACCGUAGACAUACGUAAGUCGCUCCAAAUGGAAGAAUUGCUCGCCCGAGAAGAGUUUGAGUUCUUGAUAGAGGAAGAGGUAGCCAAACAAACUAUACGCACUUGGCUCGAGGGAUGCCUUAAGAAGAUACGAGCCAAUAGCAGCAAACAACAAACUAGUCUUAUCGCUGGCCUAAGAAAAACAAAUGAACAAGCAGUUGAUAUGGAGAAACUCGACAAGGAGAAACCGGAAACCGAAACGCAGCAGACCGUUGCUAACGUAGGCAGGACAGAGAUAACCGAAUCAGCAUCUCAGCCAGUUAUGUCGAGUAUAUCGUCUUUUGACUCCCAGACGAAAAGAUCAUCAACCAAAGGGCCAUUCAAAAGAUCUGGUUUACCAUCUGUAACCAUACCGAGGCCGGAAAGUCCAGUCAAGAAAUACCUGCAACCUACUUUAAGUGACCCUCACCCAGCACUGAAUAAAAAGUCACCAAGCGGGGGAGGGGCCACGGGCGGUGCUAAGAGCGGUGGUCGCGCGUCGCACAACUACCGGCCGCAACCCGCGCUGCACGACGUGCGCGCCUGGUGGGGCGCUCAGGCCGUCAGCGCGCACCCACACAACGACUAG